UCAAAACACCAGUGCUAUGGAGAUGCGCACGUGUUUUUUUUCAAUUAGGUCUUCAGCUCUGAUUUUCUUUUUGGCAAUGAUAUUUUAAAACAUCGGACUGUGCUGUAUGGGGAAACCAGCGGAUCAUUUUACCAGGGGAAGACCAGACACGGAAUGUUAAGAAGAUUUAAGGACAUCUCCUCCUCGUCCAGUAGCAGCGAGGAGGACGAUACUCCGAAACCUGUGAAAAGCCAUCCGAAAGGCCGAACCCCUGUCACCGCUGACAAGACGGCCACAGAGAGGAGACCUGCUUUGGAGUGUCCUCAGGAUUUUACCCCUUGCUCCGAUGACAGCCUCAGCAGACUAACUCUUGAGAAGCUGACAGCCCCAAACACUGAGCUUUGGCUGAUCAAAGCACCAGUUGGGUUUUCUCCUACCAGUUUUUCUGACAAGAAGGUGCCUCUGAUUGGUUUUAACACUGUUAAAACUCGUGUAGAUGGAGAGAAGAAAAUCUACAAUGUGCUCAGUAGCCAGAAGGAGUUGCCAAAUACAUGUGUCUUGGCUCUUGGUCAGCAAUGUGACUUAAAGUUAGGCUCACCCUUCUGCGGUAUUUUAAACAUUAGUGAAAAGUGUGACACAAGUGAUGCAAGUUUUGUAUCUAAUGCUCUUCCAGCCAUACCAGCCCCUCAAAUCCCACCAUGUCUAAAACAAAGAUUUAUUCCUUUUGGAAGCAUUGCUUCCUCUAAAUCUCCCAGUCUGCUUCAGUCAAAUUUAGAUACUAAUACACACCAUGUGAAAAAGAAGCGGAAAAAAGAAAAACAUUACAAACAAGUUAAGGAGGAGCCUGAUAUGGUGGAACUAGUGGUCAAAAACAUUAAAGUGGAAGAGAAUGAGAACAUGGACCUACCUGAAUUGUGCAGAAAGAAAAAGAAAAAGGACAAGAAAAAAUAUGUGGAGUGAGGUUAACAGCCGCCUUUCCUGGAUUGGCCUUCUGGAAUCUGUUCAUAUUGUGCCAGAUCCCAUUCUUAAAUACUUUGUAAGAGUCCGAUUAUGAUUACAUUUUUAGUUUUCCAGUAUUACAUAAUAAGUAAAAAGGAUUUUGUGUGUUCAGUCACUGUAAUCUCAAAAAAGCAUGUUUGUCCCUUUUUUACUUACUGUGUACCAAGUUAUUCACUUUGUGAACUAGCUAUAAAAAAAAAUCUCUCAUCAAAAAAUGUUCUUUUUUUAAAAAUAUUUUACUACCUUAUAUGAUUCAUAAUGAUGACAGAGAAAACGUUUCAUAUUUUUAUUAAGAAUAAAGUUCUUGAUGGAGUGGGCAUCUGUGGGGACAAAUGCUGGACAAAAGCAAACCUUAUCAAAAAGGUGCAUAGAAAAAAAAAUCAUGUUAACUGUAUUGUAAAAUCAAAAUGUCGAGUUAUCUAGCUGUAUGCUUGGAACAUACAAAAGGCAUGGAUUUUUUUACAAAAAUAUUGUCAAAUAAAUAUAAAAAAUCAAAAGUA